AUGGCACGCCGUAGCUCCGGAAGAUCUGCCCGUCCUGCUCCUCGGGCAGCACCAUCUCGUCCUGCUCCUCAGCCAGCUCACCAUGCUCCUCCUCCUGCCCAAGUUCAGACUGGUGGUGGAUCUAUUCUUGGUGGCCUUGGCUCAACUAUAGCUCAAGGCAUGGCUUUUGGCACUGGAAGUGCUGUGGCACACAGGGCUGUGGAUUCAAUAAUGGGGCCUCGUACCAUUCAACAUGAAACAGUUGUCACUGAGGCUGCUGCACCUGCAAAUACUUUUGGUGGUGAUGCAUGCAAUGUUCAUACAAAGGCAUUUCAGGAAUGCAUAAACAGCUAUGGAAAUGACAUUAGCAAGUGCCAGUUUUACAUGGAUAUGCUAGCAGAAUGCAGAAAGAACUCUGGAGCCUCAUUGAGUGCCGCAUAA